GGCAAGUUAGCUGGCGGGCGGGUGGGGCGUAGCAUUGUAGGGUGUUUUCAUUUGGCUGUAACAUAAUACCAAUAAUAGGGACAGAGCCUUGAUUUCAGGCGUAUUCGGCAGCUCACUGGGACGACUAUCAAAAAGGAUGGGCGGCGCAGGAGAAAUGAAUGAAGGCGAAUGACUUUGCAAAAACGAGUUAAAAUAUCAGCAGCAAUACAGAGAAGGUGCGCAGGCUACAUAGCCUGGGGCUAAAUAGCGUCCUUAACUAUUUUGCGUGGAGAUACAUUCGCCGUCAACAAGAGCAUCAUGAAGAAGGUGACAUACGGCGUUUAUCUUUAUGUCGAGUCUACAUUCCUACACUGUCCAAGAUGACACAAUGACAUGGCGUUCACAGCAAUGGUUGCGAGAUUUGUAGUCGCAUAAGCUCAUUUCAAAGAAUCACAUCAUCGCCGACCGCAUUGUGGAGGGCUGGCCUAUUUUUACGGCAGGGCGCGGGUGAAAAAUACAGUAGGCCUAGUAGUAGCAGGCUAAUUGAAGUUGACCAGUUAAGCCCCUCGGAAUACCGUGGUGAUUUUUUAAAAUUUAAUGUAUUGCCCAUUUAACGCAAACGAAAUGAUGAAUUCGAUGGCUCUUGUUGAGGGUUCGCAAUCUCCGGGUGCCGCUGGGGUCCCCGUUGGAGCGCCAGCGUCCGGUACUAGUGCUAGGGUGUCUAGUGCUCUACGGAACGAUUUGGGUUCCAAUAUUCAUGCCUUGAAAACACUUAACCUGCGAUUUAGAUGUUUCCUAGCUAAAGUUCAUGAAUUGGAGCGUAGAAACAAGUUGUUAGAAAAUCAACUACAGCAAGCAUUAGAGCAAUCCCGCUACAGAGCCUACUUUAGCCGAGAACAAACAACCCAAACGGGCUCUUUGGACCUGUCUCUGGCUGGGUACCAGCCACGGGUAAGCCCACCAGGUACGAUAUGGAACUUUACCCACAAGAGGUUUGGGGACCGACUCGAGACUAGGCUCCACAGCCCCGGGGUGUCAUGGAUGCAGGCAGAUGGUGUUGAUGUUGGAGUUCAAGUCGAUACCGUCACCCCUGAACUGCGAGCCCUGUACAAUGUGUUGGCUAAAAUCAAGAGAGAUAGAGACGAGUACAGAAAAAAAUGGGAGGAGGAGCUGUCUAGGCGCCAGCAGAUGGAGGCCAUGGUGGAGACACUACAGGAGAGUGCCCAGGAGUCUGAGGUGGUUCAGGGGGAGCUCACUGACAAGGUGGAGAGACUCAAGACAGAGCUGGGGGUCUUCAAGAGCCUCAUGACCGAUAAUGAAAUGUCAGAAUUGGACACUGCGAUCCAGGAGAAGGCCAUGAAGGUGGACAUGGAUAUCUGCAGACGCAUUGACAUCACGGCCAAACUAUGUGAUGUGGCCCAUCAACGCAACUCCGAAGACAUGAGCAAGAUGUUCAACAUGAGUCCCCACAUGAGCCCCUCCAGAGCAACCCCAGAGAGCAAGGGGGCUGGUGCUGCGUCGUGCAGGAAGAAAGAGCGUAAGGUUGUGUGUGAGGAGAGGAGUCCUGAGAUGGAAGCUGAGUCUGGUGGGGGAGAGGAGGAUGAAGAGGAGCACGUCGUAGGGUCACUCAACAUCACAGACGAGAUGAAACGCAUGCUCAACCAGUUAACUUGCAUAGAUGAUAAUUCCUUUGUCACCAGGAGGGAGACGUUUGACUUUGAUGACGACUGUGACAGCCUGGCUUGGGAGGAGAAUGGGGAGACACUGCUCCUCUGGGAGGACUUCGCCAACUACAACACCCCAUGUGCUGCAGCCAGCGCUACUGCAGGUGCCUGUGGGGCAGCAGAAGGACAGCGGGAAGGCCCUGGGCAGGCAUCUCAGGAUGGCAGUCUGGGUAGCCUGAUCGACGAGACCGAGAUGCUUUUCCAGAACCGAGAGAAGGAGUACCAGGAGACCAUGGGGCAAAUAGAGUAUGAGUUGGCUACAGCUAAGAGUGAUAUGAACCGUCACCUACAGGAGUACAUGGAGAUGUGUUCUAUGAAGAGAGGCCUGGAUGUGCAGAUGGAAACCUGCAGAAGACUCAUCAAGGGUUCAGGGGGCAACGGCAGGAAGUCUCCAUCAUUCAGCUCGGUGGCGAGCAGCGACUCAGGGAACAGUGAUGAGAUCCAGGAGGAGCUGGAGAAGGACGGAGAGGCAGUAGGAGGGGUCAGCUGAUAACUGAACCCUGACCCUUGACCCUCCGGCCCCUCCCAGCAGAGAUGAUGGAGGAAAUGCUGUGAUCCUCGUCUCCUUCAGCAGGUUUCCAGUUGAUCUAGGAGGAGUCCUAUGGACUCAAUGUAAACUAUUGGUGCUUCACCGUUUAUUACCCAUACAGGAAUUAACUUGUAUUCCUCAACAAGGUGCAGUUUUGGUUCUUCCUCACUGCUUCUCACUGUCCUAUCACUGACUAAAGUACUCACCCCUACUCAACACAUAUCUCCACACACACUCAACUUACUGUACACCUAUGGUCAUUUAACUGUGUAUUCACCCCAGUAUUCAUCCUAACCAUGUUAAGAUACAGAAAUCCGGACAUAUUCAGCCAUUAGGGGGUCUAUCAAAGUGGUCCAUAUGAUAUAUUUCAGAGUAAGUGUUGGCAGGGAAAUUGCAUUUCAUGUACUAAAGAGGUCAGUCUUCACACACUGAAGUCAGAUUCGGAUGCACUCUGAGAUUGCCUUACUGUAGAUGUCAUUGCUUAUACACAUACAAAGAAGGCCCGGAGUGCCUUUGCAGGUACUGUAAAGUCAGUAAAUGUGUACCAGUUCCCCCAUAUCUGGACACAGCCAUCACAUGAGGGGUAAAACUGAGUUGAAGUACUGUACUAUGCAAUAAGCAAGCCUUAUUUUUCUGGACUAACCUCCAUUACUUUGCUGGCCAGUUAUGAUUUGUCUAUUAAUCUGACAGCCUAGAGGACUUGGGGCCAGAUAUACGAAACAUUUGCACUAAUGCAAAUUUACACCUAUCAAUUUCAGAAGGCAAUCAAAAGAAAACAGACCUAAAUACAAAGCUAACAGCUAAACCACAACACUGUCUUAAUUUACUUUUCUGUUUAUUCUCUCGUUCUUUCUCUUAAUGUCUCUUUACCUUUUUCCUUCAUUUUUAUGUUUAAAAUCUCUCUAAAACAAACAGGUGAAACCAUUGUACCAGUGCCAACUGUACAUUUGGCCUCAACAUGGUGUCACUCAGUAUUUUCAGAGGGUAAAUAUGAACAAACAUGGUCAUUUAAAUAAUACCCAUGUGCCUACUGAUACACGAGCCUGGUCUCAGAUCUCUUUGUGCUCUUUAGCCAACUCCAAUGGUUGGUUUGGCAUGAUAACAACCAUAGGAGUUGGCAGAAUAGCUCAAACAGAUCUGGGACCAGGCUACUGAUAUGUACGCUGGACUCAGAAUUAAUAUGAAUUGCCUUAUUACGUUUGUUUUAUUUUUGUUAAAUGCUACUUUAGCAUGAACAUUUAUAAUUUAUGAUUCUGUUAUGGAUGUUUGUUUAGAUUUCAUGGUUUGUAUGCUCUCCAAAAAAUGUAAAAGAGCAGUUUUGAAUCAUAAAGGAUAAUCACAUUUGAAUUGUUCAUGAUUUUUGACAUUCGUAAUUGAAUAUAUCUGUUAGUUUCUUUGGGAACAGUCAUGGCUGGCAGGGAUUUGCUGGCUGCAAGUUUUGUUUUCGUAUUUGUAUUUUAUGUGCAGAAUGCAGCUGAAUUCUGAUGCUUGCAAAUGUACUGUAUGACUGAACCAUAUAUUGAAUACAAUUUUAUUCAAUAAAAAGAUGGCUCUUUAUUUUAA